GCAGACGACUUCCUGUGUUCAGGAGUGUGAUGUAGGAGUGUGUCUCUGUCCCACACACACACACACACACACACACACACUCUGUAGGACAGAGUAACCGGAUCUACACGUUUAUCUCCUGUGUUUCUGAGCCUGAAGUCUGAUGUGAUGGAAACACUGUAGUUAUCUGGAACAGACAAAACUAAUAAACACAGGAGCGCUGGAUUACAUACAUGUGUGUUAUUGUAAGGACUGCGAUGGUCGAUGGCAUCAUGAUCCUCCUGCUUGUGGCCUUGAUAGUUUUACCAGCUGCCAGUGUGGAAGAUAAAGCAACGGUGAAUGACUUUGAGUGUGUGUGCGAGGGGCAGUCAUGCGGCAGCGACGGUCGCUGCUUUGGCCAGCAGUGCUUCUCGUCGGUCUCCAUCCGGAACGGGACGGGCCUGCGACAGAAGGGGUGCAUUGUGAGUGUAGAGGAAGAGGCAGUACAGUGCGGAAGCUCCCUGCUGGAGUCUGGCGUCAUGGUGCAGUGCUGCCAGGGAACACUGUGCAACAGCAACCUUACUGUAGAGAUGCCAAGCUCAGACUCCAGACAGCAGGUGUGUGUGUGUGACGGAGUGGAGUGUGCGGGUGGAGGGCGGUGUGUAGGAGAGCAGUGUUUCUCCUCCGUCACAGUCACCAACGGAAACCAGCAGCACCGUAAAGGCUGUUUCUCUGCCUCUCAGGGGCAGAGGGGCGGGGCUAACUGUGACACACCCAACUCACCUGAUAGUAUCGUUAACUGUUGCACAGGCCACCUGUGUAACGCCAACAUUACAGUGGAUCCCCCAGCUAGAGACGCAGACCCGAAACUGCUUCCGAAAGAGCACGAAUGUGUGUGUGAGGGCCGUUCUUGUGUGACAGGCGAGCGGUGUAUGGGACAGCAGUGUUUCUCGUCUCUGACCGUGAGUGACGGCGUGCUGGUCCAUCAGAAGGGCUGCUUCACUGUGUACGAGCAGGGUCGCAUGACCUGCAAAACCCCGCCCUCACCUGACCAGAUUGUCGAGUGCUGCCAGUCUCACCUGUGUAAUAUGAACCUCAGCGUGGCUCUGCCUGUCCGAGUGGUAGAGGGUCCGAACUACAGUGUAACCACGUUGGUCAUCGUAAUCGUGGCUCCAGUGAUUGUCCUCAUUAUCCUUUCUACGGUGGCCAUCUUGAUCUUCCGUCGAAUCCAUCGGAACCAGAUGGAGCGGCUGACGGCACGCGACGCCGAGUACGGUACCAUCGAUGGACUUAUUGCAUCCAACGUCGGAGAAAGCACACUCGCGGAUUUGUUGGAUCACUCAUGCACAUCAGGCAGCGGUUCAGGACUACCGUUCCUGGUACAGAGAACAGUCGCCAGACAGAUUACACUGAACGAGUGUGUGGGGAAAGGGCGCUAUGGAGAGGUGUGGAGAGGUCAGUGGCAGGGUGAGAACGUAGCUGUGAAAAUCUUCUCCUCCCGAGACGAGAAGUCCUGGUUCCGUGAGACAGAGAUCUACAACACGGUUCUGUUGAGGCAUGAGAACAUUCUGGGUAUGUUCUGUUCAGAUGUUUGUAUUAGGAUUAAAUACAGACUAUUAGCAUGUAACGUAAGAUUAAUACAAGUUGUUAUUUCUUUCCGCCUUCUUACAGGAUUUAUUGCAUCCGACAUGACAUCUCGUAACUCUAGCACUCAGCUGUGGCUGAUCACACAUUACCACGAGAUGGGUUCCCUGUAUGACUAUCUGCAGCUCAGCACGCUGGAUGCCCCAGCCUGCCUGAGGAUGGCGCUGUCCAUCGCCAGCGGCCUGGCGCACCUGCAUGUAGAGAUCUUCGGCACACAGGGCAAGCCGGCCAUAGCUCACAGAGACCUGAAAAGCAAGAAUAUCUUAGUGAAUAAGAACGGCCAGUGUUGCAUCGCUGACCUCGGCCUGGCUGUGAUGCAUUACCAGGACACUAAUGAGCUGGAUGUUGGGAAUAACCCUAAAGUAGGCACGAAACGGUACAUGGCCCCCGAGGUGCUUGAUGACUCCAUACAAGUGGACUGUUUUGAGUCAUACAAACGAGUGGACAUCUGGGCUUUCGGCCUUGUGCUGUGGGAAAUCGCCAGACGCACCAUCAGCAAUGGUAUUGUAGAAGACUACAAACCUCCCUUCCAUGAUGUAGUGCCUAGUGAUCCCAGCUUCGAGGACAUGAAAAAGGUGGUGUGUAUAGACCAGCAAAGACCCAACAUCCCUAACAGAUGGUUCUCAGAUUCUACUUUAACAUCCAUCGCCAAACUCAUGAAAGAGUGCUGGUACCAGAACCCCUCUGCGAGGCUCACGGCUUUGCGCAUUAAAAAGACUUUGACAAAAAUCGAUAACUCUUUGGACAAAAUUAAAGCGGACAUUUGAACUCUUUUCAUAUGGAAGAUCCUCAAAGGCCUUUAUAAUGUCCAGUGUUUGACUCGUCUGGGGAUCCAGGAAAAACAAUCAAACAAAAAAGGGACCGCGCGGGCACAGUGCUUUCUUAGAGGCACAAUGUAUUUAUUUUAAAACAUACAUUUGGACAUGUUUUGGCAUCCAAAGAUGGCACAGAGGGCAUUUAUUAAAGACUGCAGAUAUGUGACCUAGCUGUUACUGAGACUGUCACUGUAGCAAGACCUGGAAAGAAGAAAGUCGCUUUAGAGCUCCAGUUUACUUCUAAUGCAGCUUUGAUUUUUUUAGAACUGUCUGGAAACGACGUCUUUCGUUUAGCAAUAUUGUCCGUGCUUCUUUUUGAUUAAUUGCACUGGCAGUCGCUGGCAUUCCUUACUUGCACUGUUACGGAAGAAUUUGGAGGCGAAAAGACGACAAUUUGCCAAAAAAAGGCUGAAUUUUAUAUUCCACUAGCAUCGUAUCCUUAUCCAUUAUCAACCACAGAGAUAACGCAAGCAACUUUUUAGUUUUAUGUUAGUCUUUUUUGUUGUUUUCUUGUGCACUGCCGUUUACAGAAGAAUGAUAAAAAAAGAGCAUCUCUGCCUUCAUUCAUGUCACUCGAGCUGUAAUUUAUUCAACUUUAAGUUUUUGAACAGUACAAUAGCCACUGUUAUGCCUGAAAUGUUUCAUGUGUCACAGAUUUUUUUUUUGUAUUAUUGAGCAUUUAGAUAUUUCCCUUUUGUUUGUUUCAUAAGCUUUAACAGUAUAGAUGCUAAAUAAAGUAAAUAAAAAAAAGAUUCUUAACUCAAAAACAUUAGGCAAUGCCUGUAAACUGUUUAUAAAUGAAUAUGUGCACUGGCCACACAACUUUAGUUUUAAAAAAAAUGUUGGGUUAUUUUAUUUUUAAUUUAAAUGUCAUUUUACUGUAGUAAUUAGGACAGUAUAUAUUUCACCCUAAAAUUAUUUUUAUGAUGUAAUAAUUAGCAGAUUUCAUCAUAAAACAGAUUACUUGAAUGUUUUGCCUAUUUCUUUUAAAAGAGACAGAUCAAAUUGCAUAAAUUGGUAUUUAAUACAUUAUAGAUUAGUGUUGUUGGGUCAUAAAAUAUAAGAACCAAUCAGAUUAUAAUAUGCAAAUGUCAUCUGUUAUUACACUAGAUUUCCACAUUCAUACAAGUUUAGAUCUCUUCAGCAUGAAGGUGCAGGUGAUUCUGCAUCUCGAUGUUUUUUAAUGCCGUUAUUGUAGAUUUGCAUUUAUUUUAUGCAAUUUAUUAUUUAUUGUUUAAAAAAAAAGGUCUUUGGUCAGUACUUUAAGAAGUAAAUUUCACAUCAAGACUUUAAGCAAGAUUUUCAUGCCUUAUGGACGAAAACAUUUAUAAUACACACUCCACACCAAUGAUGCAAAUGUCAAAAUUUGAGAUGAGGAAGCUGACGCUUUUUGAUUUUGUUUGACUUUAGAAAUUAGCUGACGUUUUUGACAAAAUGCAGGUUUUUCACGUGAGAAAAAUUGCAGCCAAAUAUGCGAAGCAUGGCGCUCCUUUGCAUGAAUUUAUCAUCAUAAAAUAUAUGAUUCUGUGAACUGAAAAUAUCUGUACAGAGAGAAAAAUAAGAGGGUGAACAACAGUCCAUUUUAUCAGAAUUCCGUCUGUUACAUGUGACCUGUUGUUUUAUGGGAACUGGUAAAGCCAUUGCAUAGAGGAUUAAGUUAAUUUUAAUAUGUACAGGCAUAUUAUUAAAUAUUAAAAUUGAUUCAUUAAAAACAAAGUACAUUUUAUUGUCCAGAGGCAUAUUUUAGGGUUGCAGCUAAACAUACGGCUCCUGUGUUUGUUGUAAACCAAUGUAAUGAUCAUUAUUCACACUGAAAGCUAGAUAGGUUUUUGUUACUAAGCAAAUAUCCCACCACUCUUUUGGACUUUUUUGGCAGCAGUUCAUCAGCGUUUCUUUCCUCCUCGUUGGAGUUUUAACAAGUUUUUCAGAAGCACCUUCAUACAAGUAUUUCAAGGUCUAUGUUAACUUAGGCGUAAAUUUGUUCUUACUCAGGUUGUGUGUUUUCUCUGUAGGUAUUGCAACAGCAAAACAUGAUCACCCAUUUGUUUGGUGCAAAGGUAUUGGAACAAAUAGUCUUACAGUGAAUAAUAUUACAUAUUUGGUUGCAAUAACUGCAUCAAGGUAGCAGCCCACUGACAUCACCGAAGGGGCAGUGGUGGCUCAAGCGGUUAAGGCUCUGGGUUGUUGAUAUGGAGGAUCAGGGUUUAAGCCCCAGCACUGCAAAGCUGCCACUGUUGGGCCCUUGAGCAAGGCCCUUAACCCUCACUUGUCCAGGGUCGCUGUAUCAUGGCUGAAUCUGCAUUCUGGUCCCAACAUCCAUAGUUGGGAUAUGCGAAGAAAGAAUUUCACUGUGCUGUAAUUUAUAUGUGACAAAAUAAAGGCUUCUAUUCUAAACGUC